AUGUAUGUAGCUUUGCAGUUGAUGGAGGAUGAAGUGAUUGCAGCUAUUGGUCCUCAGUCCUCAGGAAUAGCCCAUGUCAUCUCUCAUGUGGUCAACGAACUCCAUGUCCCUCUUGUUUCAUUUGGGGCAACAGACCCUUCUCUAUCUUCCCUUCAGUACCCUUAUUUUGUUCGCAGCACCCAGAGUGACUAUUAUCAGAUGUAUGCAAUUGCAGAUUUGGUAGAUUACUACAGAUGGAGGGAGAUAAUAGCCAUUUAUGUAGAUGAUGAUAAUGGAAGAAAUGGAAUUUCAGUACUUGGAGAUGCUCUGGCAAAAAAACGUGCCAAGAUCUCUUACAAGGCUGCAUUCCCUCCUGGUUCCCCCAAGAAAGACAUCAGUGACUUGUUAAAUGGAGUGAACUUGAUGGAAUCACGGGUCUUUGUUUUGCAUGUUAAUCCUGAAACUGGUUUGAACAUUUUUGGUAUUGCUGACAAGCUAGGAAUGAUGAACAGUGGUUAUGUAUGGAUUGCAACAGAUUCGUUGGCUUCAGCACUUGAUUCAUUGGAGCCAGUUGAUCCAAAAACAAUGAAUCUCCUACAGGGGGUUUUGGCUUUACGUCAUCACACUCCCGAUACUAUUGAAAAGAAGAAUUUUCUCUCCAGGAUGAAGAGACUAAGAAUCACAGAGACCCCAAGUUUCAAUUCCUAUGCAUUGUAUGCAUAUGAUACCGUUUGGUUAGUAGCCCGUGCUCUUGAUGCUUUUUUAAAACAAGGUGGUGUGGUAUCUUUCUCCUCUGACCCUAUGUUGCGUGACACAAAUGGAAGCGUGCUGCAUUUAGAAUCGCUUCGCGUUUUUGAUAAUGGCCCUACUUUUCUCCAAACAAUUUUGAGAACCAACUACACAGGUCUGACUGGUCUAGUUCAGUUUGAUAAUGACAGGAAUAGAAUUCAUCCAGCAUAUGAUAUCUUGAACAUUGGUGGAUCUGGAAUGCGUAGAAUUGGUUACUGGUCUAAUUACUCAGGUCUCUCAGUUGUGGCUCCAGAAAUUUUGUAUAAGAAGCCACCUAACACUUCAACGAGCAGCCAGCAACUGCAUGAUGUUAUAUGGCCUGGAGAAACUGCAGUUAAACCAAGAGGGUGGGUGUUCCCCAAUAAUGGAAAGCCAUUGAGAAUUGCAGUGCCUAAUCGAGUAAGCUACUUGGAGUUUGUUUCUAAAGACAAGAACCCCCCUGGAGUAAGAGGCUAUUGCAUUGAUGUCUUUGAAGCUGCCAUAAGCUUGUUGCCUUAUCCUGUCCCGCGUGAAUACAUAUUAUUUGGACCUGGUAAUAGAAAUCCUAGUUAUGAUGACCUUGCAAGUCAAGUUGCACUAAAUAACUAUGAUGCAGCCGUUGGUGAUGUUACAAUUGUCCCCAACAGGACAAGGUUUUUGGAUUUUACUCAACCUUACAUGGAGUCAGGCCUGGUUGUUGUUGUUCCUGUCAAGGAGAUCAAAUCAAGUCCUUGGUCUUUCCUCAAGCCCUUCACUGCUCAAAUGUGGUGUGUUACUGGUGCCUUUUUUAUCUUUGUGGGAACCGUUGUAUGGAUUCUUGAGCACCGGCACAAUCCCGAGUUCCGUGGUAGACCAAAGAAACAACUCAUGACGGUCUUUUGGUUUAGUUUUUCAACAAUGUUCUUCUCACACAGAGAGAACACAGUGAGUGGUCUAGGGAGAUUAGUUCUAAUCAUAUGGCUUUUUGUGGUGUUAAUCAUCAAUUCUAGCUACACAGCUAGCUUAACAUCCAUCCUCACAGUGCAGCAACUGUCAUCACAAAUUGAAGGAAUUGACAGCUUGAUCUCAAGUAAUCAACCAAUUGGAAUUCAAGAAGGGUCAUUUGCACGGAAGUAUUUGACAGAAGAACUCAAUAUACAACCAUCAAGGAUAGUUACAUUGAAAAAUAUGGAGGCAUAUGUUGAUGCCCUUGAGCGUGGACCAAAAGAUGGAGGGGUUAUGGCUGUUGUUGAUGAGCUUCCUUAUAUUGAAAUCUUAAUGUCAAGUUCCAACUGUAAGUUCAGAACCGUUGGGCAGGAAUUCACUAAAAGUGGUUGGGGAUUUGCAUUCCAGAGGGACUCUCCCCUUGCUGUUGAUAUGUCAACUGCCAUUCUUCAACUCUCAGAGAAUGGUGACCUGCAAAAGAUCCAUGACAAAUGGCUCUUACAACAUGACUGUUCUACACAAGAUAGUAAUGUUGACAUAAAUAAACUUUCUCUAAGUUGCUUCUGGGGCCUCUUUCUUAUAUGUGGCAUUGCAUGUAUCCUUGCUUUGAUCGCAUUCUUCAUUAGAGUGCUAUGUCAAUACACAAAAUUCAGCCCAGAACGUGAGCAACAUGAUGAGGAAAUUUCACCAGACAGACCCAAAGGUAAAAGGCCUUUCCGAACCACUGCUAGCUUCAGAGACUUGAUGUAUUUUGUGGAUAAGAAAGAAAAAGAAAUCAAAGAGAUACUUAGGCAAAAGAGUAAGAAAAGGAGACGCAGUCUGAGCUCAGAUGGCCAAUCUAGUUCAUCCGCCUAA